AUGGGUCUUUGGCGCAAGAUAACUACGAGGAGGAUGGCAAGUAUUAUUUUCUACCUCAAUUUAUUAGAUUUCGCUACUGAUUAUUGCUAUCUGUGGAGCAAGCCGUUCCUGAACAAUAUUAUACACAACAUCGCAAUUGCCAGUGCAUUUGCAGCUACUGGCGGAAUUUUUAUUUUUAUGAUUUUUGGGUUUAUAUUUGACACAACUUUAAAAGUCAGGAUAUUCCGCAGUCAAGUUUAUGUGCAAGAACAAGUGAUAAAAGAUUUCAAAGAAACUAUGACCUUGUGCAUUCAUUUUAUUUUCAAAACUGCAUUAGAGAUCCCUAUUUCUAAAAACAAAGCUUUGUAUAGGGUUAGCAUGCUCCUCCACGUCACGCUGGAAUCUUUUCCUGAGCUGGUAAUCCAAUGUAUCAAUAACAGCAGAAUGAACCUGUGGAACGAGCCUUUAUCGAUUAUUUCUGUCACGGUCUCAUCUUUGAUGAUUAUUUUGGCACUUUUAGUCACAAUUAAAACAGAUAAACAUUUCUUAUAG